CUUGAAUCCCGCUCUGAUGCAUCCUUCACGUCCUCGUCUUUCACCGUCCCCCCCCCUUUAAAACAAGCAACCACCGCACCACCCCAGCUCUCCUCACGCUGGCGCAGCCAUUCCCAUCCUUCUCAUUUGGGCGGCCGCCGACCAUGUCGCUCACGCUACCCUUCCCGACCACCAGGUUCGGCCCAGGCUUCACGGUCCCCACCGCCGUGACCGUCACCGAGGGCGGCCGAACCAUCACCCUCACGCCCUCGCCCACCGUCGGCACACCCGCCACCUCCGACGCCUCGCCCUUUCCCGACAACAUCCUGCAGCAGUCCGGCCUCGCGCCGGGGCAGAUCAUCGGCAUCACCGUCGGCGCCACCUCGAGCCUCGUCUUCCUCGUCGUCGCCCUCGUCUGGUUCUGGAACCGCCGCCGCGCGCGGCGCCUUGCCGCCCGUGACGAGGCCCUCGACACCGUCAUGGAGGACCCGGAAAAACCCGACGACGCGGCCAUCCUGGCCCACAACGCAGGAGAGACCACGGAGCUGCCGGCGCCGAGGGGCCUGCACGAGAUGCCCGAGACGCGAGAGGGGCCGCCCGUCGAGCUGCCGGCUCCCGUCGAGAGGCACGAGAUGCCCGCCUAA